AGGCAAGCCACGCCAUGGGUGACAUCAGCCAAGAGGCCGUGGAGAAGUAUCUCGAGGACAACCCUCAGUUUGCCAAGGAGUACUUCGACAAGAAGCUGCGGGUGGCGGCGCCAGGAGAAACCUCUGAGCACAGCGGGGCCUUCCCGGGGCUGACAGCGGCGGAGGAGGCCGCCCUCUGCGCGGAGCUGCUGCUGCUGGUGCAGGAGGAGACGGGCAGCGCCGAGCUGACGGCGCACAGGGCCCUGCAACGGCUGGCGCAGCUGCUGGGGGCCGACCGCUGCAGCAUGUUCAUAUGCCGGGCCCGCAACGGCACCCCCGAGGUGGCCUCCAAGCUACUCGAUGUCACCGCGACCUCCAAGUUUGAGGACAACCUGGUGGUCCCUGACAGAGAAGCUGUGUUUCCAUUGGACAUCGGGAUAGUGGGUUGGGCGGCUCACACGAAGAAAGCCCUUAAUGUCCCAGAUGUGAAAAAGAACAGCCAUUUUUCUGACUUCAUGGACAAACAAACUGGGUAUGUCACCAGGAACCUGCUGGCAACCCCGAUCGUGAUGGGCAAGGAGGUUCUUGCUGUGAUUAUGGCAGUCAACAAAGUAAAUGCAUCUGAAUUUUCCAAGCAGGAUGAAGAGGUCUUUUCCAAAUACAUCAACUUUGUUUCUAUCAUCCUAAAGUUUCAUCAUACCAACUACUUGUACAGUAUUGAAUCCCGAAGAAGCCAGAUCCUUAUGUGGUCAGCCAAUAAGGUGUUUGAAGAGCUCACAGAUGUUGAGCGGCAGUUUCACAAAGCUCUCUACACUGUUAGAACGUACCUGAACUGUGAACGAUACUCCAUUGGACUGCUGGACAUGACCAAGGAGAAGGAGUUCUAUGAUGAAUGGCCAAUCAAGCUUGGAGAAGUUGAGCCUUAUAAAGGUCCAAAGACACCAGAUGGCAGAGAAAUCAUCUUUUAUAAAAUCAUUGAUUACAUUUUACAUGGAAAAGAAGAGAUCAAAGUGAUUCCGACACCUCCAGCAGACCACUGGACUCUCGUUAGCGGGUUGCCAACAUAUGUUGCUGAAAAUGGAUUUAUAUGUAACAUGCUGAAUGCCCCUGCAGACGAAUACUUCACUUUCCAGAAAGGACCUGUAGAUGAAACCGGUUGGGUCAUUAAAAACGUCUUGUCCCUGCCUAUCGUCAACAAGAAGGAAGACAUUGUGGGAGUGGCUACAUUUUACAACAGAAAGGAUGGAAAACCUUUUGAUGAGUAUGAUGAACACAUUACUGAGACGCUCACACAAUUUCUUGGAUGGUCUCUUUUAAAUACUGACACCUAUGAUAAAAUGAAUAAGCUAGAGAACAGAAAGGACAUAGCUCAGGAAAUGCUCAUGAGCCAGACCAAAGCUACUCCUGAUGAAAUCAAGUCUAUUUUGAAAUAUAAAGAGAAGCUAAAUGUAGAAGUAAUUGAAGACUGUGAAGAAAAACAACUUGUCACAAUUUUGAAAGAGGACUUGCCGGACCCGAAGGCCGUGGACCUGUAUGAAUUCCGCUUCAGCGACUUCCCCAUUACUGAGCACGGGCUGAUUAAGUGUGGGCUGCGGCUGUUUUUUGAAAUAAACGUGGUGGAGAAGUUCAAAGUACCCGUAGAGGUUCUGACCAGAUGGAUGUACACCGUGAAGAAAGGAUACCGUUCUGUCACUUACCACAACUGGCGGCACGGGUUCAAUGUGGGGCAGACCAUGUUUACUUUGCUGAUGACAGGAAGACUAAAGAAGUACUACACGGAUCUUGAAGCUUUCGCCAUGCUCGCUGCUGCUUUCUGCCACGACAUUGACCACAGGGGCACCAAUAAUUUGUAUCAGAUGAAAUCCACGUCUCCGUUGGCAAGGCUUCAUGGAUCUUCCAUUUUGGAGAGGCACCACCUGGAGUACAGUAAGACUCUACUGCAGGAUGAGAGUUUAAACAUCUUCCAGAACCUAAAUAAACGCCAGUUUGAAACAGUUAUUCAUUUGUUUGAAGUUGCAAUAAUAGCAACUGACCUGGCUUUAUACUUCAAGAAGAGAACCAUGUUUCAAAAAAUUGUUGAUGCUUGUGAAAAAAUGGAAACUGAAGAUGAGGCCAUCAAAUAUGUAACAAUUGAUCCAACCAAAAAGGAGAUCAUCAUGGCGAUGAUGAUGACUGCAUGUGACUUGUCAGCUAUAACCAAGCCCUGGGAGGUGCAAAGUCAGGUGGCACUUAUGGUUGCAAAUGAAUUUUGGGAACAAGGAGAUCUGGAGAGAACAGUGCUGCAGCAACAACCUAUUCCUAUGAUGGACAGAAACAAAAAAGAUGAACUACCUAAACUUCAAGUUGGAUUUAUUGAUUUUGUUUGUACUUUUGUAUAUAAGGAAUUCUCAAGGUUUCACAAAGAAAUCACACCUAUGAUGAGUGGUCUUGAGAAUAACAGAGUGGAGUGGAAAUCCCUAGCUGAUGAGUAUGACGCAAAGAUGAAGGUAAUUGAAGAGGAGUUGAAAAAGCAGGAAGAAGGAAACGCUAUCGAAAAAGCUGCAGAAGAUUCAGGAGGUGGUGGUGAUGACAAAAAGUCCAAAACAUGUCUAAUGCUCUAACAGUCCAACUGGUCUAAAUUUCAAAUAUUCUAUCUACUUUUGAAGACAGAAAACGUUCAAAGAACGUCUGCAAAUUUCAUUCAGCAAACCAUCAAGUAACAGAGUAAGAGGAUCUUCUGAAAAGCUACCCUUGUGACCAUCAAGAGAAAAUAUAUUGCUAGCCUGAAAACCCUGAGGGUCAAAUAAAGUUCAACAAAAGUGCAAAAUAAGAUGAAAAUAGGUGCAUUUUUGGUGCCAAUUUGUUUUAAAUUAAAAAUAUAAAAUCCUAAAACUAGUCACCACUUCUUUUUUUGCAAGUUCUCCUUAAUUGUA